AUGUCUUCCCCGACUAAGCGGCGCACGCAGCGCACCUCCGCUUCGGCGACCCCCCGACGCAGCACCCGAAAUACAGAGGCCCCUGCUAGCAGCCCUGGUCCAGAGGAACAAUUGCACGCCGAAGCUUCACAGCAGUCUUCGUCGCGGGGACUGCAGGCCACGCCGAGGAACACCCGCUUCCAGACGACAUCCACGCAAUCGCCGCUCUUUUUCCGCUCGUCGCCUGCGAAUGGCGGCGAUCCGGGAGCAGCAAACGGCGCCGAAGAGAGCGAUGGCGGUGCGACGCCGAAGGCUAGCGCCAUGAACAUUGGAGCAGACUCUUCCCCCAUCCACUACGCGUCCAGCUCCAGUCCUGGCCGAGCCCGCAAUGGACUGAACACCGAUAUCCCCCACAGCAGCAGCAGCGCACUCUUUGUCCGUGGCGCAGAGUCGGCGACGCGCAACCGACGCAGCGAUAUCCAUUCUGAUGUGUUUGGUGCUCCAUCCACGGGCGGUCGGCGUCGCAGGCUGUUUGUUGACGAGAAUGGCAUGGCGGUCCACGACGCGUCAGAUACCGCGACGUUUUCGAAUCUCAACCCGGAUACUUCAGAUGCGGAUGUGCUGGGCGGCAACUCUUCUCGGGUCAUCUGGGGCACCAAUGUGUCGCUUGUGGACGCCAGACAUGCCAUGAAGGACUUCUUGAUGAACUUCCAGCGAAAGUACCGUUUGAUCCAGGACGGUGAGCUCGAGGAGGGCAUGAGUCUGCCGGCCGACCAUCCCGCCAUGGCACGAGAGUAUGUUGAGAUCAUGAAGAUGAUGCUCGAGCUUGGAGUUACGCCAUUGAAUUUGGACGCCCGCAAUCUCAAAGCUUACCCGCCGACGAGGAAGUUGUGGCAUCAGCUGCAAGCCUACCCCAAUGAGAUCAUCCCCAUCAUGGAUGUGGCCAUCAAGGACACUAUGUUGGACAUUGCCGAGAAGCGCAUGGCGGAAAUGAGGGUCCAGCUCUCCCAGGCACAACGUGAUGCGCCAUCGAGGACUCGCGAUGCAAGCUCUCUGCCGCCUAUGCUCAGCUCGGAUGCACCUACGCCUGGGGCCCCAUCACCUGCUCCGUUUGCGGAUAUCCCCAACCUAGUCAGUGAGGUGGACCAGAAGACCUACAACGUCAGGCCGUUUGGGCUUGACAACACCAUCAAUUUGCGUGAGCUGAACCCUGGCGAUAUGGACAAGUUGGUUAGCGUGAAGGGAUUGGUGAUUAGAACCACCCCUAUCAUUCCUGACAUGAAAGACGCUUUCUUCCGAUGCGCCGUUUGUAAUCAUUCUGUCAGGGUCGACAUUGACCGUGGCAAGAUCACAGAGCCUACCAAGUGCCCUCGCACUGCCUGCGAGUCACCCAACUCCAUGCAAAUCGUGCACAACCGCUCUGGAUUCGCGAAUAAGCAAGUCAUCAAGCUCCAGGAAACCCCAGACAAUGUUCCCGACGGUCAGACACCCCAUUCUGUCUCCCUUUGCGCGUACGACGAGCUGGUCGAUGUGUGCAAAGCUGGUGACAGAGUCGAGAUCACGGGCAUCUUCAAGUGCAAUCAGGUCCGCAUCAAUCCCCGUCAGCGAUCAGUCAAGAACAUCUUCAAGACGUACGUUGAUGCACUGCAUAUCCAGAAGGUCGACAAGAAGCGCAUGGGUAUUGAUGCAUCGACUAUUGAGGAAGAGCUCGCCGAGCAUGCAGCUGGUGACAUCGAGGAGACUCGCAAGGUCUCCGAAGAGGAAGAAGCCAAGAUCAGGGCAAUGGCUGCCCGUCCGGAAGUCUAUGAGAUUCUCUCCCGCUCACUUGCGCCCAGUAUCCACGAAAUGGACGACGUUAAGAAGGGUAUUCUGCUCCAGCUCUUUGGUGGCACGAAUAAGCAGUUUGAGAAGGGCGGUAGCCCGAGAUACAGAGGUGACAUUAACGUCCUGCUUUGUGGUGACCCGUCUACUGCCAAGUCUCAACUUCUGCAGUACGUGCACAGAAUCGCACCGCGUGGUGUGUACACUUCUGGAAAAGGUUCCUCCGCCGUAGGUCUCACUGCGUACAUCACUCGCGAUCCUGAGACGCGCCAGCUAGUGCUCGAGUCUGGUGCUUUGGUCCUGUCCGACGGUGGUGUCUGCUGCAUCGACGAGUUCGACAAGAUGUCCGAAUCCACUCGAUCCGUGCUUCACGAAGUGAUGGAGCAGCAGACAGUCUCCAUCGCAAAGGCCGGCAUCAUCACCACCCUCAAUGCCCGUACCUCCAUCCUCGCAUCCGCCAACCCCAUCGGCUCAAAGUACAACAUCAACCUCCCCGUCCCGCAGAACAUCGACCUCCCCCCCACACUCCUCUCACGUUUCGACCUCGUAUACCUCGUCCUCGACCGCAUCGACGAGCAAAACGACCGUCGCCUCGCCCGCCAUCUCGUCGGCAUGUACCUCGAAGACACGCCGCAAAACGCAACCAAAAACGAAGUCAUGCCCGUCGAAUUCCUCACCUCAUACAUCUCAUACGCGCGCUCCAACAUCCACCCCAAAAUCACCGAGCCCGCGCAAAAAGCCCUCGUCGACGCAUACGUCGCCAUGCGCGCCCUCGGCGCAGACAUCCGCUCCCAGGAGCGCCGCAUCACAGCCACCACGCGUCAACUCGAAUCUAUGAUCCGCCUCUCAGAAGCCCACGCUAAAAUGCGCCUCUCGGAAGUCGUCACAGACGACGACGUGCACGAAGCCGUCCGCCUCAUUCAAUCCGCCCUCAAACAAGCCGCCACCGAUGCCAGAACGGGCCUCAUCGAUAUGAGCCUCCUCACCGAAGGCACCAGCACAGGCGAUCGCAGACGCAAGGAAGAUCUUAAGCGCGCGGUACUGGCCGCGCUCGAUGAGAUGGGUAGUGCGGGCCACAACGUCCGCAUGAGCGAAUUGGUUAGGCAUGUUAGGGAGGGGGCGAGUGAGCAGGUGGAGAACGCGGAGUUCUUGGAGGUGCUGAGGAGUGCUGAGGCGGAGGGGCAGGUUCAACUUAGCGGCGAGGGGCCGAGGAGGGUUGUUAAGAGGAUUGUGGGUGGGUUUUAG